GAACUGGGAUUCGAACCCUCAACCUUUGGGUUAUAGCCCGAAGCUCCUCCCACUAGGCCACCACUGUCCCACUCUACACUAGAGGUUAAUGAUGCUGAGAGCAGCAGUGAUGAUGAUCAGCACCACUCUCAGCUACAUGCACACAUUGUGACAUCAUCAUGAUGACAUCACCACACUCCACACCUCUGGUAUAAGUUGCUGCGUUUCAUGUGUUUGUGCUCAUUUGAUCUGAGACGCCGAGACAGUAAGCAGCAUGAACAUGUUCUCCUGUUGGACUCUUCCAUCUGACCAAGACGAGCCGCACAGGCGGGUAAACCAACCGGAGAAGAAGGUAAAGAAGAGAAAAUGGUGGCAGAGACGCCAGAAGGUAGAGAUGCAGGACGGGGAGGGUGAGAAGGGAAACGGGGUAAAGGGUGAAGAGAUGGGGCAAGGAGUGGAGCAGAAGGUUUUAGAGGACCAGGUAGACCAAACACCAAAGAUGGAGAAGCAGGUGGUUCUGGGAAAAAACAAACCUGAGAAGAAAGUAAAGAAGAGAAAAUGGUGGCAGAGACGCCAGAAGGUGGAGAUGCAGGACGUGGAAGGUGAGAAGGGAAACGGGGUAAAGGGUGAAGAGAUGAAGCAAGGAGUGGGGCAGAAGGUUUUAGAGGACCAGGCAGACCAAACACCAAAGAUGGAGAAGCAGGUGGUUCUGGGAAAAAACAAACCUGAGAAGGUAGAGAUACAGGUGGCCCCACGGGACCUGGUGGAAGAACCAGAGCAGGUCAUUGUAAAGGACCAGAGGAGGAAACCAGUAAACAAGGUGGUUCUGGUUUGUGAGAUUGAGAUGAAGAAGUUAGAGCAGGUGGACCCAGUGGAGCAGGUGGACCCAGUGGAAAAACCAGACCAGGUCAUGAAUAAGGUAGAGAGGCGGAUGGCCCCGCUGAACCUGGUUGAAGAAACAGAGCAGGUCAUCCUGAAGAACCAGUGGAUGGGACAUGUAAAAAAUAAGAUACAUUGCAUAGAGAAUGAGAUAAAGAAGGAGGAGAGGCAGGUGGUCCAGCUAAACCUGGUGGAAGAACCAGAGCUGGUCAUCCUAAAGGAGCAGGGGAAGGGACAGGUAAAAAAUAGGGUUAGUUUUAUAGAGAAUAAGCUAAAGAAGGAGGAGAGGCAGGUGGACCCAGUGAAUAAAACAGACCAGUUCGUGAAGAAGGAGGAGAGGCAGGUGGCCCCGCUGAACCUGGUGGAAGAACCAGACCAGGACAUGAAGAAGGAUCCAGCAGCUUUGGAGCAGCAAAUAUGGAAACUGAAAGAGCAGAACCUGGAUCGAGGAAGCACUGAAGAUCCACUGAAGAACGUCUCCGAGGUGUCUUCAAACAAACCAGACCCCCAGCAGCUGCAGGACGACGUUCUUGUUCCCAUCGUCGAAGCCCAACCUGAAGAGUCCGGGGCUCUGAUGGAGACCGCGUGUGAAGAUGAAGGUCUGGUUUAGAUUCAGAAAUACACGUUUGAGCUCCUUGGUUUUUCUUAAUGCCAAUCUUUGCUAAAUACUUUCAAAUACUGUCACCUGGAUGCUGCUUUUUCUUUUUGUUUUGCACAUUUUCAUUUAUAUUUUAUUGUGAUGCUUUGUUGAUGUUGUGUUUUACUCUAGAUGCAAAUUUACAAAUAAUAUACACAAUCAGACCUUUUUGUCUAAUCGAGAUGGGUCUUUGUUUUUGUAAUUUAUUGUUGUAGCACUC